AAGGAAAGAAAAGGACCUCAUGUCGCCGGAGCGGAAGCUCCAGAACAUCUGCAGGAGUGUAUUGAGGUGUACGGAGAUCUUCGGUGGAUGCGAGCUUCCGGAAGCUGGGGAUAGAGAAUUGAAGCUUCCGAUCGAGCAUCGGAGAUAUCCAGAGAGUGGAGUAAUGAAGAUCCGGCGACUGCAAAAUUGUGCGGUAGGGUACUCUAACUCUUCGCCGGUGAGAAGAAGCUCUAUGAGCAAGUGUUCGAAGGUUUAGGCACUGCUACAGCCUACAGAUGAUGCUUGCUUUAUGUAGAUUAUCAAAUGUCCAGAACUUCUCUUGGAGUUCAUCUCGAGUUCUUGAGCUUUCAUUUUCAUGGCGUCUACAUCCAGGACGAGAAACCUCUUUGAAGAAGACGACCCAACCCCUUGCUACGACCUCAUCAACAACCUCUUCUCCCAGGACAAAGCCGUCGUCGACCCCGCCCUCUCCUUCUUCAAAGACGCCGUGAACCAGUUCCCAGGCUCAGUGUGUCGCAAGUUCGCUAAAAUCCUAGACACGAGCCGUCUCCCCCUAACCAGAAUCCGCUGCUCCACCCUUCUCGCCCGUUUUCUCGCCACCUCCUGGCCCACCAUCCCCCCCAUUCCUCAAGCCGAAAUCAAGGCCGUCUAUCUCAAGCUCCUCCACAACGAAACUAACCGGCCCGCCCUCGAGAUUCACUGCGCCUGCGUUUCAAGAAUCGGAGCUAUUCUUCUCCCCAAGAAUGAAUGGCCCGAAUUCUUGUCUUUUUUAUUUGAAUCUUUGUCUUCUUCUUCCGCGCCAAGAAAAUUGGCCACCGUUAUCUUGCUCCGGGAACUGAUCCCCAAAUGCCGCGAGGUUUUCGCCCCCUCUGUUAAUCUUUUGUGCGUGGCGUUUCUGCAGUUAAUGAGUCAGGGAAACGACGAAAGAGUGAGAGCCGCAACCCACGGGGCGGCCGUGAAGAUGGUUUUGCACUUGCCUACACCCUCCAAUUAUUACGACCUUUUGCCGGAAAUGAUCAGCGUUUUAAUGGACAGCGUUUUUCGCGACUACCUCACAUCCGACAUUCUUGAAGAAAUAAUUGCGUUAGCCACACGAAAACCCGGGUUCUUUGUAGCUGAAUUUAAGUCCUUGGUGCAAUUCAUGCUUGAGAUCAUCAGUGUAGAGCUUAUGAAGCCCAAGACCAGGCAACUAGCCAUACAGUUCUUGGUGGUAAUGGCGGAGGAUAAAAAAGAGGGUUGUGGGAUGAUUCAGAAUCUGCCCGGUGACGUAAUUGAAGAGAUUCUCACACAGCUCCUCAUAUUGCUGGUGCGUGUUGAUGAUGAAGAAUCAUGGGAAUACGCAGAUGACGAUGACACAGAAGUAGGGAAACUAAGUUUAGCCUUUGAUGCAGAGGAUGCUUGGAAAAGGCUGGCAAUUGCACUCAGGGGAGAAAUAAUUGUGGGCAAUCCUCCUGAUUUGCUGGCAGAAUACAUUAAAGAUGAUGACUGGAGAAAGAGAUAUGCUGCAGUUACUGCUGUUGGCCUAAUUACACCUGGUUGCUCAAAGAUGUUAAUACAAUACCUGGAUGUUUCGAUGGAAACGAUAAUGGAACUAGUUACUGAUCUUCACCCUCGCGUGCGCUGGGCAGCUAUCCAUACCAUUGGCGAAUUCUCAAUCUACUUAUGUCCCCAUUUGCAAGAACAAUAUCAUCAUCAGAUCAUUCCUGCCUUGUUGCAAGCCAUUGGUGAUCUCGAGCACACCAGACUGCAGACACACGGAGCAACAGCAUUGAUGCUUUUCAGCCGGAAUUGUCGUUCAGAUAUCUUAAAACUGUACAUGAAAGAAAUAGUUAACAAACUGCUUAUGCUCUUGCAGCAAAGAGAGAUAAUGUUGGAAGACGCAGCUUUGGGAGCCUUAGGCUCAUUAGCUGAAUCAGCCAUGGAUGAGUUUCGACCAUUCUAUGGCAUUGUAAUGCCCUACCUAAAAUUUGCGGUAGUAACUGGAAAAGCGAAUUCUGAUUACUUGCAUGUAGCCAACUCCCUGAAGUGCAUUGCUGUGAUUGCGGUGGCAGUGGGGAAAAGUAUGUUCUAUGCUGAUGUCGAAGAUGUUGUUAACGAUCUCAUCUUGUUACAAGAAUCUAUUUACUCUAGAAAAGAUGGCACAGUGAGGAGUGAUUUGCUACAAGCAUGGGGUGGUGUCUGCCGAUGUUUAGGGGUGGACUUUCUUGCUUACCUGAGUGAUUCCGUGCCUCAGCUGAUUCAGUCUGCUAAACAGACAGAUUACCUGACAGAUGAUGUUGGUAGUGAUGAUAAGCGAAGAAGUAUUAUCUUGAAGGAGAAGUUCUUGGCUUGUAAUACAAUAGGCUGUUUUGCUGCUCAUAUCAAGGGAGGACUGCAUAUGUGGAUUAAGGAGGUUGUAGAUGCUGUUCUUCCACUUGUCAAUUUUAAACUCGAUGAACGAGUUAGAAUAGCUGCAGCAACAGCUAUGCCAUUACUGUUGCAAUCAGUUGCUAUUGCUGUGGAAAGCCAGCUUCCUAUUCCAGAUUUUUCUGAUUCUCCGAUUAUUACCAUAUCUGAAACCAUAAUGUCAACUUUGAUUGAAGCCUUACAGGAACCAAGCAUAAAGUUUCGGGUGAUAAUAUUGGAGGCAUUGAAUCAAUGCAUUCAGAUUCCUCACACUUGUAUACAUAAAGAUAUGGCAACACUAUUUGUCAAAGGCAUAUCGAAGCUCCUCUUUGCAUGCAUAAACAAGAAAAUAGUAAGAGAAUUGAGACUAAGCAGUAGCAAAAACUUGAGGACGGCAGAACUGCUGGACGAGGAAGUUCAGGAUGAGGAUAAUAUUUACAGACAAGUUCACAUUUGCUUGGGAACUCUGACGGAAAGGCUCAAGGCCUCAUUCUUGCCUUUCUUGGAUGAACUAUUGCCCUUUGUAAAUCAUCUUUGGAAAAAUAAUAAAGCAAGGAAAGAAAGAAGAUUAGGCUUGAGUGUUUUUCAUGACAUUGCUGAGAACUGCGGAGAAGAAACUUUCAGACACUAUGACAUGUGCAUUCCAUUCCUGCUCAAAACCUGCAAGAGCCGCGAGACUACAAAUCCAGCCCAGGAAGAGAUAGCUGCGUGUGCAAUUGCCAUUUGUGCGGAGUUUGGUGGAGAAGUGUUUAAGCCGCAUCUCCCAGAUGCACUCAUGAGUCUGAUAGCUAUAAUUUCUCAGACUGGUAACUUAACCCUAGAACCCCUCAUGGCCAAAGAAGCUGCUGUUUCCGCUUAUGGGAAACUAUGUUCCUUGCUUACUGAAGACGCUAGCAUAUACAUGCAUACAUGGCUUUGGCUACUGAAUUUGCCGUUAAGAUGUAAUUUGGAUGAAGCCAAAGCUGCCCACAGUCUGCUUUGUUCCAUGAUUGACCAGCCAGAGACUAAGAUUACUGGUCCUUAUGAUGGUUACAUUUCCAGAAUCAUUGUAGUUUUGACUGAGAUUGUGUGGGCUGGGAAACAUUUAGCAACACCAGAAAUCCUGGACAAGAUGAUUCUACAGCUGAAGAUGUUGGGUAAGAAAAUAACAGAGGCUAACUUUGUGGACAUAAAUGGAACAUUACCUCCAUAUAUGCAGGGCAUGUUGCAGGGCAUCUUGUCAUAGGAUUCUUGUAUAGUUGUAUGGAUGUAUAGCAGAGAAAACACUUGCCUAGUAUACCUUGUACAUGAUAAACAGUUAGAUCAAAUCAGUAAAUUUUUCCCUUUUUUUUUUUUUUCUCACAACCAUCAA